UUUUUUUUUAAUUAGGACCGGUCUAAACGGGUUUGUUUUUUUUCACAGUCAGUCGCAGCAGAAGCAAAACUCACUUGCUCCUUUUUUUUUAAACCUUUCCAAGCUCCCCACCGUUUCCUUCUUCCAGAAGGAAGAGAGGAGCUUGAGCUCUGCACCGGCAAUGGUGGAAGUGUGGUGGUCCCUAUUGGGGGCUGCUAUCCCAGCAGUUAUUGCAGGGCAAGCUUUUAGAAUGAAGAAAAGGCAUGCUGAAGAGCAGAGGCUAAACAGUGCCAGGGGGAGGGAGAAGAGCUCUGAUGACAUUUUUGUUUGCGAAAGGGUAUGUACAUCAAAGAGAAUGUUAAAGAAGGUAGGUUCCUUCUCAAAGGACCCAAUUCCUGAUACCUGUGUUACUGUAUGCGGUGUAUCUGAGCUUGAUGCGUGCGCUGAUGCCUGUGCUCGCACUGUUUGUGUUAAUCAACAUCAAGUGCCUAAUUGGAAUGAUGUCUGCUUAAGGAGAUGCCAGAGUGAAUGUCUGAAACUCUCUGAUUCCCGUUCUUCUUAGUGCAAUUUUUUUCCCUCAUUUAGACAGUAAAAUUUGUGUAACCUGAGUUGGUAUCACAGUGAUGGUUGAUUCACUUUCUAGAAUGUAUUAUCUGACUCUGAAUGUUUUAGUUUACAACCAAUUUUAAGCUCCAUGAGCUAAAA